UUGCUAAUUUGAUACUGGGGUUUCUAAAUUUCUUCUGAUUUUCAAUUGCAGGGGUUGAAUUUUGUUCACAUUUGAUUCCAUAACUCUAGAAAGAUCCAUUUCUGAAGUGGGAUUUCUCAGAAAUUUUGUCCUGCUGGCAAAAAAAUCGAAUCUUUAUCCUAAUUCAAGAUUUAGUACAACAGAGUUUGCAAACUUGGAAGUCCCUUUUUUUUUAAAUGAAUUUGGAGCAUCAUCACAAAUCGAAAUCAGCAAUGUCGAAAGAUUCGAUGAAUCUCCAAGAUCAGUACUAUUUGAACAGCAUUAUGGAUGUAAGAAGAUCAAAGAAUAAUAAUAAUCCUAGUAUCUCCUAUGUUGAAGUAAAGAAAAUCGAUAACUAUAAUCAAAAGCGGUCUUCUUUCACGAAAGGGAACCAUAGCAAGAAAAUGUUUCGGUGCUUCACGUUGGAGUCGAUGCUUCUGCUGAUUGGGCUAACGGCGUCGUUGCUGAUAUUGCCGCUGGUGGUGCCGCCACUGCCGCCUCCUCCGUUUUUGCUGCUUUUGCUGCCUAUUUUCAUUAUGGGGCUUUUAGUGAUGCUGGCUUUUAUGCCAUCUGGUGUUAGGGAGGCCACUCAUACUUAUGUGUAAAUGGUAACAUCACCACUCCCAUUUUCUUUUAUUUUGUUUUUGGUUGAGAAGUAAAUGUAGCUGCAUGGUUCUUUGAUUUCUUAUAAAUAUUAUUCACCCUUAUUAUUAACUUACAUAUUAAUUCUCUUUGGUUUGGAGU